UUUUUUUUUUUGUUUGUUUUUGCUUCUUCUAUUACUAUUUCUCCUGUUAGAAUUCUUUGUUCCUUUAUCUACACGGCUUGUCCUCUCCAUUCAUUAUUACUUUGAAGUUUCUCUGGUUUAAUUAUCUUCUUGGUUGGUUGUUUUCACACUUUUAUUCAAAUUCUCAACUGGGUUCUAUUGUUUUCCUUCUUUCAUUAUAUAAUCUGUUGGCUUUCCUUCAUUUUCAUUUCUGGGUUUUCCUUUAUUUGAUCAUCUCUUUAACUGUUGUUGAACUGGAUAACUAGUUUUUAGAUUGUGGGAAUUUUUUAUUUUGAGAGCUUUGAAGUAAGAAUAUGAAGUGCUUUUAUAUAUUCAAGGAUAAAUCGAAGAAGAAGAAAGGAGAUUCAAGAUCAGCUCCAGAAUUGGGAAACCGAAGCACACCAGACACUUUACCUUUGAGCCGUACAACAAGAUCUUUACCUUCUCCAAGAAGUAUAACGGAAUUGUACAAAGAAAAGGAGCAUAAUUUGAGAGUUUUCUCUUUUGAAGAGCUCAGAGAGGCAACAAAUGGUUUUAACAGACUCCUCAAGAUUGGAGAAGGUGGUUUUGGGAGUGUGUAUAAGGGCACAAUUAGGCCUGCCGAUGGUCAAGUAAAUUCUAUACCAGUUGCCAUUAAGAAGCUCAACAAGUAUGGCUGGCAGGGCCAUAAACAAUGGCUUGCAGAAGUUCAAUUUCUUGGAGUUGUUAGUCAUCCAAACCUAGUAAAACUUCUAGGUUACUGCUCGGUGGAUAAUGAAAGAGGGAUCCAGCGGUUACUGGUGUAUGAAUAUAUGCCUAACAAGAGUCUGGAGGAUCAUCUAUUUAAUAAAGGUUUGCCCACUUUGCCUUGGAAAAUGAGAUUAGAGAUUAUGCUUGGUGCAGCUGAAGGAUUGGCUUACUUACAUUGGGGAAUGGAAGUCCAGGUAAUAUAUCGAGAUUUCAAAUCCUCAAAUGUCCUAUUGGAUGCAAACUUUAAACCAAAACUCUCAGAUUUUGGGCUUGCUAGAGAAGGGCCAACAGGUGACCGUACUCAUGUAUCGACAGGGGUGGUUGGUACAUAUGGGUAUGCUGCCCCAGAAUAUGUUGAGACAGGUCACCUCACAAGCCACAGUGAUAUAUGGACUUUCGGCGUGGUGCUCUAUGAAAUCCUUACUGGUAGGCGAACCCUUGAAAGAAACAGGCCAACAGUUGAGCAGAAGCUUCUUGAUUGGGUGAAACAGUUCCCAGCUGACAGUAAAAGGUUCAGCAUGAUAUUGGACCCACGACUUAGAAAUGAAUACUCUAUCGUAUCAGCGAAGAAAAUUGCAAAAUUGGCAGAUAGCUGCUUGAACAAGAAUCCAAAAGAACGGCCAUCUAUGACUGAAGUGGUUGAGAGCUUGAAGCAAGCAAUACAAGAUUCACAAGGCACAAGUACUUCUACUGCUAGUACGAGCACAGGCACAUCGACUAGUAGAAAUGUCAAAUCAUCUCAAUCUAGAAUGGUAGACAGAAAACCGAUCAGGGUAUAAAGCCUUGAAUGUUGAAUGGAGACAUUUUUCUUCAGGUUUACAUCACAAAUUCAUUGUAAAAUGUCAGAGUUGCAGAAUUUUGCAGGCUUCAUUGCAAGAAUUUAUUGAAUUCAACUUUACUAUCGAGUAUUGGUUGUGUUGGACCCUACUAUGAGUGUAGUCUUUGUCUUGUAAAGAUUACGAGUGGAAUCACGCUGUGGGAAACAAGGAAACACAACUUUGCUCAAAAGCGACCAUACUAUUUAAUAGAACUAGCAGUUUGCCCGCGCGGUUAUUAAAAUA